AUCCAGAUGAUUUUCUUACAGCUGGUGUUUGGAGCUCUGCUCUUUGUCCCUGUGAUGAGUUCAGCCUCUGGACGACACUCGCUGUGGGUGAUGGCGUCUUACAUCUCAGGACCGACCCCGUUCCCAGAAUUUACCUUCAUCCUGAUGCUGGAUGACAUCCAGGUGGGGUACUCUGACUCUAAGACUGAUCAGGUGAUGAGGGUUAGUAGUGGAGGUGAGAAGGAGGGGGAUCUUGGCUUGGAUAUGGAGGCAGUGAAUAUAAGACAAAGGUUUUUCUAUGGCAUGAGCACCAGGCUGACUCUGGCCAAAGAGCAGAUGAACCUUACAGCCUCAGGAGUCCACAUCCAGCAGCGGCUGGGAGGCUGUGAGGUUCUGGAUGGCCAGCCGGCGUUAAUCAUGUUCAGAGAUGCUGUUAACAGCCAGGAUGCUGACAGCGUGCAGUACAACCUCACGCACUUUACCUACGCCAGAGGAAACAGUCCAGUGUUCCAGUGGGAUGCUAUCAGGCAGACAUAUGAACAGAUGGUCAUCACAAACCUAGCGCCAGGUAAACUGAACAUCCGGGACUUUCUGCGCUCCGGAGAUUUGGUCCGCUCCGGAGAUUUUCGGCGUGGCGUGUUUAACAAG